AUGAGCGGUGGAGUGUACGGGGGCGAUGAGGUGGGAGCUCUGGUGUUCGACAUUGGCUCAUACACAGUGAGAGCUGGCUACGCAGGAGAAGACUGUCCCAAAGCUGACUUCCCCACAGUGAUUGGCGUGACACUUGACCGUGAUGAUGGCACCACCCCGAUGGAGACAGAUGGCGACAAAAGCAAGCAGAGCGGUACCACUUACUACAUCGACACCAACCAGCUUAGGGUUCCGCGGGAGAGUAUGGAGGUCAUGUCUCCCCUCAAGAAUGGCAUGAUUGAAGACUGGGACAGUUUUCAAGCCAUUUUGGAUCAUACCUACAGGAUGCACUUCAAGUCAGAACCUAGCCUGCAUCCAGUACUAAUGUCAGAAGCAUCAUGGAACACACGGGCAAAACGAGAAAAACUCACUGAACUGAUGUUUGAGCACUACAACAUUCCUGCCUUCUUUCUCUGCAAAUCAGCUGUGUUAUCUGCCUUCGCUAAUGGGCGGUCUACAGGCUUAGUCCUGGACAGCGGAGCCACACACACCACAGCCAUCCCGGUGCAUGAUGGCUACGUCCUGCAGCAAGGUAUCGUCAAGUCACCCCUGGCUGGAGACUUCAUGAGCAUGCAGUGUCGAGAACUUUUCCAAGAGUUAAAUGUUGAAAUAAUUCCUCCUUACAUGAUUGCUUCAAAGGAUGCAGUGCGAGAGGGUUCGCCGGCCAGCUGGAAGAAGAAGGAAAAACUACCUCAAGUCACCCGCUCGUGGCACAACUACAUGUGCAAUUGUGUCAUCCAAGACUUUCAGGCAUCUGUGUUGCAGGUGUCCGACUCACCGUAUGACGAACAGGUUGCUGCCCAGAUGCCCACGGUGCACUAUGAGCUACCCAACGGCUACAACUGUGACUUUGGGGCAGAGAGGUUAAAAAUACCUGAGGGCCUUUUUGACCCAUCUAAUGCCAAGGGUUUGUCUGGAAACACAAUGUUGGGAGUGGGCCACGUGGUGACAACCAGCGUGGGAAUGUGCGACAUCGACAUUCGACCGGGUCUAUAUGGCAGCGUAGUGGUGACGGGAGGAAAUACACUGAUUCAGGGCUUCACUGACCGCCUAAACAGAGAACUCUCCCAGAAAACGCCACCGAGCAUGCGACUGAAGUUGAUAGCCAACAAUACCACCGUGGAGCGAAGGUUCAGUGCAUGGAUCGGAGGCUCCAUCCUAGCAUCACUUGGUACCUUCCAGCAAAUGUGGAUAUCCAAACAGGAGUAUGAGGAAGGAGGAAAACAGUGCGUUGACAGAAAGUGCCCUUGA